AUGAAAUCCUACACCUUGCUGGCGGCGUUGUGGUUGUGGGUCAUCGCCUGGGCAAAACAGUUUGACGCAUAUCUUGCGGAUCUAAGCCAUCAGCAGCCACGUUCCAUACGCCAUGGCUGGGAUAAUCUCACUGUUGAAACGAACACAGGAACCUUUAUCGGAAUGUAUAAUGAUACAUAUCCCAACGUGCGCCAGUUCCUGCGCAUCCCUUUUGCCCAGCCGCCAAUCAGUGAUCUUCGAUUUGAGCCACCCCAGAAGCUCCCCCGCUCAUCUAAACUCUUCGAUUCCACUCACAUCGGCCCUGCCUGUCCACAGUAUGUCUCCUCGCAGCACGUCUUCUGGAACCAGUACGCACCGCCGAACCCGUUAAUGAGUCUGGGCGAGCGGCGUGAUCAGGGUGCUGUUGCGUGGUCCUCGUCUGAAGACUGCCUCACCCUCGCCGUGUGGACUCCUUCGUACGCGAACAAGUCAUCCCAGCUUCCUGUUGCCUUAUUUGUCACAGGUGGCGGUGGUCUCAUUGGUGGGAUCAAUGUGCCCUCGCAGCUGCCGGAGCAGUGGGUAUCACGCUCUCAGGAGCAUAUAGUUGUCACCAUUAACUACCGUGUAAACAUAUUUGGAAACCCCAAAUCCCGUGCUUUGAAAGAAACGUCGUUGACCUUGCUCGACGUGAGAGCUGCUGUCGAAUGGGUACACGAGAACAUUGAGUAUUUUGGAGGAGCCAAAGACAAUAUUCUUUUGUGGGGAGAAUCCCAAGGCGCUAGAUUGGUCGACAUGUAUACCACGGCGUUUUGGGAAAAACCACUCGUUGCCAAGUUUGGCAUCAUUUCCAAUGGCCCAAAUUACAUCGUCAACACUACCGAAAUCCCGGAUCCCUAUGCCGACUUUGACGUUGUAGCUAAGAGUCUCGGCUGCAACUACGGUGAUGACUAUGAAGCGGAGCUUGAGUGCAUGCGGCAGAUUUCUUGGGUACAAAUCGAGGAAUUCAUCAACAGAUACGACAAGAAGCCAGGCGUCGACUUUGCAAACUAUAUUGGUCUAUACAUCUUUUCCAACAAAUCUGAUCGAUAUGCCAAAAACCUUGUGGCACGAGGACCUGCCAUACGCUCGACCACAGCGACCGAACUGGAGCCCUCGCCGAACUUGACUCAUACUGCCGAGGUUGCCCGCGCUUUUAAUUGUUUCGCUUUGUCCGACUCUAAACUGCGCGAGUCUGCUGGAUUAGAGAGUUUCCGUUACUUUUAUGUUGGCAACUACUCCAACAUCAGCCCCAAACCGUGGCUGGGUGCCUAUCACUGGACAGAUCUCCUCAUGAUCUUUGGGACAUAUGUGAAGAUGGUCGGCGACACUCCUCAAGCUGAGGUCGAAACGUCUGCUACUAUGCAGGAUUACUUUCUCGCUUUUCUCAAGAGCGGGGCCGGCAUGGUGUAUACUGUGGAUUGGCCGACCUUUAACUCAGAAGGGAAACAUAGUGGAUAUAUAGUUGAGUUCGGGAGUGAUGGUGCUCCAGCUCGAAGGAUUACUGGUAACUAUCUCGAUGCUUCUUGUUAUAACUCCUCGAUUGUCUUUCCUAUAUUAUCUUAA